AAAAAUGCAUUGUGGGUAGCAUUCCUGAAAUGAAUCGAAAAUCAAAUGGAGUCUCCUGAUAGCGAAGACGAAAGAAAUGGAAUCCUGAAUGUGCAAAAUCAGCCAUACGACGAGGCUCUAGAAAUCCCAGACGGAGAGGAAGUGGCCAGUGAAUAUUCACCAACGCCCCGGGUCCAUCCAGGAUUAUCUCGCCAAAGGCGACCACCAGUGCCACCAGCCUCACCGACACACAGUUUUGAUGCUUCUGACCCCGCAGGCCAAGGAGGACAUAGCAGAGGAGACACACCCCCAGAAGCAGCCAUGUCAGAUGAAAACGAUGAGGAAUUUGAGGACAACAUGAAUCCACCACCGCCUCAGCAGGAUCCCAAAGCCAUGCAGCAAUCUCAAGCUCCCAAACCCCAGCCAAGACAACCACCUCAACAGCAGUUUGAUGAGGAUGAAGAUGAUGAUGAUGAUGAUUCAGGGUCAGAAACAGAUGAUGAUGACGAUGAUGAUGAUGAUGAUGAAGAUGAUGACCAUGUUCCAGUUGAAGGAGCCUAUGAUCCUGGAGAUUAUGAAAAUCUUCCUGUUACCCCUGAAAUUAAAGAAAUGUUCCAGUACAUAACAAGAUAUACCCCUCAGACAAUAGAACUCGAUCACAGCCUUCUACCGUUUAUCCCUGACCUUAUUCCUGCUGUCGGAGACAUUGAUGCCUUCCUCAAGAUAACGCGUCCUGACAACCGACCAGACACGUUAGGACUGACCGUCCUUGAUGAGCCGUGCGCCAAACAGUCUGACCCCACAGUCCUAGAUCUACAGCUCAGGGCCAUAUCCAAACAGACCACUGACAAAAAGGUAGUGGUCAAGAGCAUAGAUAACGCAGAGAAAAAUCCCAAACAGAUUGAGAGCUGGAUAGAGAGCAUUAGGGAACUUCACAGAACCCAGCCUCCUCCUAAUGUACAUUAUUCCAAAAAUAUGCCUGAUAUUGACACAUUGAUGCAGGAAUGGCCUCCAGAAUUUGAAGAAUUACUUAAAGAGGUGGGACUUCCCACAGCGGAGCUAGACUGUGAUCUCCCUCAGUACGUGGAACUCAUCUGUUCAAUCCUUGACAUACCAGUAUACAAAGGAUCACCUCAUCACAAUGAAAAGAUCCAGGCUCUCCAUGUUUUAUUUACACUUUUUUCAGAAUUUAAAAAUUCUCAGCACUUCCGGGCACUCGCACAAGACAACCAGCUGGACAAUGCUCUAAAAGGAGGGGGCGGGGCAGGUGAACAGGAUGACAAAGAAGAGAGGCUGAUACUCUAGACAUUUUUUUGUUAAAAUUCUACAAUGGUGUCGUUUUCUGUCAUUGUUUGUAUGCAUGUAUAUAGGAUAAAAAUCAUGGAAGAGUAAGCAUUAUAUUGUUAAGUGUGCUGAAGAUUUAAUAAAUCUUAUGUACUGUG